CAUACCUACGCUGCAGCUCGUAUCAUAGCGGAAGGGAAUCAAAACUAUCUACACGUUGGUAACUUGUUUGUCAAUGACCCAGAUCGAGAGAGAGUUAAUGUCGCCACCAUCACUACUGAUGAGCGAACUUGUCAAGUCACAUGAUCCCUAGCCUAGCUUGAUCUUAGUGCCAAAGGUGGCUCCUUUACCUGGCUACAAUUAUACUUCCAAUUUCAAUCAAACAACAUUCUUCCUCUACAACAUCAAAGCAUCACAACAUCAAAGCAUCACAACAUCAAAACACCAUCUUGCUUCUAUCAAAAUAUUUGCUACCUUAUAUUAUCUCUUUCUGUAAUAUGAACAUCAUUAAGAAACCAUUCGUUACCCCUCCUCAAAGCUUUAUUUCCAAGAUACCUAUUACUCCUCCACCGACCGAUAAGAAGACGACACAAACAGUAUUACAGAUCGUGCAGGAAAUCAAGAGACGGAAAGCGGGGCGUAGUACUUGCAACAACGCUUGGGAAGGGUAUAAACUGAACGAGGAGGAAUACACCGAGGUAUUGCGUUUAAUUCAACGCGACGAAUCUCUGCAAAGAUUUGUGGAAGACAAGCUUCGGUAUGGACUAUUAAAAACGAUGGGAAUAUGGAUAUUUGACUAACAUUGAGAUAAUAUAGAUACGAUUAUUUUGCAUCUGCGAAACGAUUUGUCUUUCGAAUGCCUUCACGUAUACACGAAAGUUUGAUAUCCGAAACCGUGAACGAAUUGAUUCAGCAGCUCAAAUUUAUUGCUUCCGGAGAAAGCCGAUCUGCGGAAUUCGCAGAAGGAAUAAAGUCAUAUAAUUCGACAACCCUCGAAUUUGAAGGUUAUGGUAAACAUGAUCCUGAUGGCCAGUUCCAACAUUCAUUGGCACAAUAUCCAGGUAUUGUGAUUGAGGUGUCAUUCACACAAAAACGAAAAGACUUGGGCCGAUUAGCUGAUGAUUAUAUUCUUGGAUCCGACGGUGAUAUUUGUGUUAUGGUUGGUAUUGAUGUAGAAUAUAAAGGAACCAAGAAGGUUACUUUAUCUAUUUGGCGGCCUCAAAUCAUACCCAACGAGGAUGGAGAGAUGGAGCUCCGUGCUAUACAAACAGUAACAAACGAAAUCAUUCGCUAUGAAGAUGGUAAAUGGAACGAAUCUCCGCAGGCAGGGUUACAUCUUGAACUAAAAGAUUUUGCAACGGAGGAUGUAGUUUCAAAUUUUGAAUCUGUAAAUGAACCGAUGAAAGAUUCAUUAUUUAUAUCCGCUCGUUCUUUCUGCGAAUAUAUCGAAUCUGCUGAGACAAAUACAGCAAUGAUCAAAGCGAAAAGGGGAAUCAUCCGAUCUCAACAAUUAUUUGUAAGAAAGCGAGCUCGAUCUAUUACACCGGAAGAGGAGCUCGAUAAGGACCGCCGGAGAAAAAUUCGGAAAGAAUUACAAACGGAAAGGGAGAGGGCAGAAAAGGAUGAUCUACUAUAUGAGCCUAGCUCUCACUCUGACGCAGAAAGCACUGCUAACUAAAAUCGACCUUUCUCUAAUUUUCAUAAACUCCUCCGGCUGUCUUUUAAACCAUCGAAUAUCUUGGAUAGCUUUUAUUUUUCUACAACUCUUUGGAGACGGUAACUAUUGGUGAGAGGAGGGACCUCGUCUUUUUUAUUGUUGUAAGGGUUAAUUGUAAGUGUGCUGUACAGACAUUUCCUUGGUUCGCUUUGUUUUACUUUCAUAUCCCUUUUUGUUAUUUAAGAUUUAUAAUUAACUAACUAUAUGACAAGAUAACAAAAAAUGCAGAGUAAGAAUCCAUCUCAUACACUUUUAAACAUUGGUGUCAUCAAGAGUUGGCCUUUGGUGAAUACAAUUGAAACAAAGCCAAGCAUUUCGAGAUACUUAUCGGUAAGAUUCAAUAGCGCUGUUAUUGAGGCAUCGUUUGUCAGUGAGCUAUGAUUUCGAAAAAACGAUUGGAUUGAGAAGUCUACCGAGCAUCAAUCGGGCUCGAAGUAGGUUUAUAACUAGGCGCCAAGCAGGGCUUUGAGGUAAUAUAAUGGUUGCAAUUCGUAACUAAUAGUAGAGUGUACUAAAUGAUU